CCCCCCCCCGCAAAAAAUUACACACCAUCUUUUCCUCACACUCCGUGCUGACAUGCUGUGCUAUCCCAACUGUGAAUCCGAAUUCCAGAGAGGGUAAAAGAAAACCCUGUUUAGAUUCAGUGCAGCGUAGGGUGGGUGCAGCGUGCAAAACUUUGGACCAAAAAUGGCUUCAGAAGAACCCUGCAACACGGAGACCGAAGACGAGACCAUCGCCCUCAAGAAGAAGCGUGCCAACCGGCGCGUGAGCUUCGCAGACGUCGAGAUCACCUCCGUCCACAUUUUCAACCGCGACGAAGACUUCUCUGAGGACCAUCCCGCCACCCCUAACGCCCCUCAUUCUGAGCAAGACGUCCUAGGGUUUUUCAGGGACCUCGCCGACGGCGACGAGUCCUCUCCCUGCGACGAGCAGGAGAGCAACUCCUUUUUACGCCCCAUCGGCUCUCCCUCUCCCGGAAGCAGCACUGUUGGUUCGGUCUCAGCCACUUCAAAUGACGAUGAAGACAAUUUCUUUGGGCCUGUGUCAGCGAAUUUCAUUAGACCCGAAAGGCUCUCCGACUCUGCUGCAUCGGAUGAUAUCACCAUGGAUUCCACGGCGUUUUCCAUGCAUUUCCGUAGUCUUGCCAGAUCAGAUUCUGGAGGAGGAGAACUCAAGACCCCAACCACAGCACAUCGUCUACUUGCCUUUGAAGACAAUGCUACCCCGUCACGGACGGAUUCUUAUGCAAGUUUUAUGGUCCUGACUAAAACGAAGAAGCUCUCUGUCGAUCAAGUAAGCAGUGGCGGUAGUGGCAAAGAUUCAAACGAGAUGAGUAUUGUAGGUGAAAACCCACGUAGUUAUGAUUACGGGAGGCUAUCUCCCAGAUUAGAUGCACUUCUGGCAGAAGGCAGCAAGGAUUUACAUGCGGUACCUAUUGACUCAAGGUCAUUAAUGAGGAAUGAGGAUGCCCAUGAUAUGGUGUCUCCGAUUGGUACAAAGAUGAGCGAGGCGGAUGGUGGUUCUUCAGACAGCCCCGCCCGAACUCCCAAGCAAUUAACCGGAUACGAACCAGCAUAUUGCCCUUUGAGUGAAGGGAGGGUAAAACGAAAUUCUUCUGAACCUCAAAGUAAUGACUCUGAUAUCAACCAGAAACCUGAGCAUCUAUGUGCAUCUCCUUUGGAGGGAUCCUUAUCUUUGUUAUCUUCUAAACGGCUGAAUUCAUUUGUAAGUACUCCUUAUUCAGCCAAACAUAUGGAGGUUGUGAUUCCUUCCUCAAAACUGCCAGGUUUGUAUUCAAGUAAUGAAAGCAUUAGUCAUGGUAACAUUCUGUCUUCCAUUCAGAAAAGCAUUUCCAAGUUUAAAAUUCCCGAGCCUUCUCCUUGUUCCUCUAGUCUCAAAGAGGGAAUCCAUAAAUUGAAGUGUAGAUUAUCAAAUUACUCUUCCAUGCUUUCUCCCUUUAAUGCUGUUAUGACUAGAAGUAGCGAAGAUCUUAAAUACAGACAUGUGGAUACCCCCAUUACUCAUUUAGAGGAGCACUUGUGUACUGCUGAUGUGAAGAAUGGAGAAGAUAAAAACUUGAUCAACAUAGAUGAUGGAAUUGAGACCUCAAAAAGCAUUUGUAAGUCGAACCAAAAUGAAGAGAUCUUGGGUCUUGCACAACAUGAAGAAUCUCCAUGUCACAUGUCUUUUGGUCUUAUUUCCGAGGAUAAACCUAAAAAGCUAAUGACAGCAGUGGCUUCACCAUCUCAGUCCACUCGGUCAGGGGGGAAAGUGGUUCAGAAUUUCUUUAUGAAUGGAAAUCUGAUAGAAGGGACAUUGGCUACUGGAACUGAUUCCUCAUUAGUGGAGUUCACACUUGAUUACAGGAAAGAUAGGAAAGUGACUGGUACAGCUGAUAAAUUUGUUUCAUCUUCAGUAAUAGGUCAGACCUUGUCAACAUCCAUGGAAUAUCAAGGCAGUGUCUCCCCUCAGCUGAGACCACUGGAUCAGUACACUAAACUUGUUUCAUCCCCAAUGAAAAAUUUAUCACAAACCUUAUCAGCAUCUUCAGAAUACCAAGGCAGUGUCUCCCCUCAGUUGAAACAGCUGGAUCAGCCUAAUAAACAUGUUGGUUUGGGGCAAUAUGGAGAUUCAACUGAAAAUGGUAUUGGUGAUAACUAUUCUAGUCAGGUAGGCGGCAAACUGGAUUCCUUGCUUUCUGAAAAUAGAGCAGAGUCUGCCUCACCCUUCUUGAAGACUGACUAUGUCAAAGAGUCUGCUCAAGUAGAAAGGGUCUUUGAAAAUAACCUAACUCAUCUUCAAAAUGAACCUGAAAGCUUUAUGGACAUCCGAAGCCCUUCGAGGGACAGUGACAUUAUGGAUUUUCAGUUGGAAUGUGCAGAUAAGAACCUUCAAGCUGGAGCAGAGCCACACAAAUUAUUUUUCCAUAGAAGUAAAAAUGAGCCAACCUUUGAAAAGAACCCGUCCAAGAAAGAUCCAGCCCAGAGUCUUACCUUGAAAGAGUCAUCUCAGAGCUCCCACAGGAAAAAGUCGACUGCAAGUCCCACCAGCCAAGUGUCAAUUCUGAGCCCCUCCAGCCACGACCCAUCAAGUGCAUCACACAAUGACAUGAUGACACCUUUUGUUCGGAAAGUUGCCCUAUUUCCCAGGUCCAGAUUACAAGAUAUUGAUAACUAUUCUGGACGGAAAAGAAGAAAUGUACAAACUGCUUUUGUGGAUGGGGAUCAUAUUGACAAGUUGGCCAGGAUUCAAAGAAGUCCAAAAGGUCAUAAAAGUGGGGGUUGCAAUUUAGAGUUCACGAUAGAACAUGCUAAUGGAUCUAACAAUGAAGGAGACAAGAUUGGAGGUGAUACAGCUUGGAUGCAUUGGGCUGAUAUUUUAGUGAAAUUCUCGGGGGAUGCAAAACAACUGCUUUCUGAGCAUAUUGAUAAGCUAAAUUUGAAAUCAAUUUGCAUGCUGGAAGAUAUGGUGGUUCGCCUAUUGAAGGUUAAAAAAUAUGAGAUGCUUUCUUCCGAAAUCAAGUCUCAGACAAAAGCUGACCACUUCAGUAGCAUUAGGCAUAAAAGAGCUGCCGAAACAAGAUUGUUGCUUCAUAAAAUUGUAUAUGAAAAGGCCAAAUUACGAUUAAUGGGUGUGAAGCGCGACAUAUUGCUGGAAAAAGGACAGCUAUUGAGCUUUGGAAUUCAGGAAUGUCAAAUGUUGAAGUUGAAAAUCGAACAUAUAUCUGAAUGUGGUGCAGGGGAUGCUCAAAUUCACAAAUGUCUUCAUCAAUCUUCUUCAAUUGAUUCUGAGAGCAUACAUGAGGUUUCUUAUGACAAAGUGACCACAAUGAAGCAGAAAUCUGAAUUUUUAGAUAGAAAAAUAGAGAGCUUGGUCAAAUUCUUUCACUCUAUCUGCAAGAUGAAAGGAGAAUCAAGCUGUGCCAACACUAUUGCAUUAGUUCAUGAUCAGCUGAAAAAUAGAAUGUGUUCCAGCUAUAUACGCCAGGAUUUGCAGCUAUGGGAAGUUGGUGGUUUUGAGAGUGGGAAUGGUCGUUAUAGCAUUCUCCUCAACUAUAAGGGCUACAUCAACCAAAGAUUCACAGUAAAUGCUGGUCCAAUAUCAAGUGUAAUCGUCUCAAGCAAAUUGAGUGAUACCAACAUCUUAAAGAACUUUCCAAACAUUGAUGUUUGCACUGGAUUUGCAUUUGUGCUAAAUGCUGAGACUACUAAGAAGUAUGUUGGAUCAAGAUGUUUGGCACAUGAGACGCAGAUCUCCAGUAUACUUCUAUGCAAUCUGCUUGAUGUGGUUGAGGAAGUUCAGUUAACCCAGAUAGAGGUCACAAUCUGAUCCAUACAUGUUUCAUUCUCCAUCUGGUGACCAGCUUGAUUUGCAGCUAUGUUUUAUUGAUUUUUAUAGUGGUUGGAAAGUGAUGCUGACUCUUGAUUUGACGUGUUUGAAUCGUGGUGUUUAUCCUUCAGAGGUUCUUCCGAAUGAAAUCCGAGCUCCCAAUG